AAUUUCGUUUAAAUUAUGUGAAACGGUGAAGGUCGAACCCGUGAGAGCACAUUUUCAUAAGUUUUAAAAACAACGAAACAAAAUGUUGUUUUCGAAGAACAUAUUGAAAAUUGCUACUUUGCAAAAGAUAUUUUCACUUGCUCGUUAUCAAAAGCGAACUUUAUCUACGAGUGUCAGUCUUCAGUUUUACCACGGAAACAAGAUGAAUUCAGACGAGUUUCUUGAAGAUGAUGACGGUCUUUAUGAAGUGCAGGAAAGGCCCCCUCUACCGUUGAUUACUUCAAGAAAUAUAGAAUUUCCUAACCCAUAUGUUGCAUCUAAGCAGGCAUGGCUUGAAAACUUAGAUACUGUUCAAUCACAGAAACUAGGAAUUAUAGAUCUCCAUCCAGAUAUAUUUGGAAGGCCACCGAGGAUUGAUUUGUUGCACAGAAAUACUAAGUGGCAAUACUUGUAUAAGUACAUUAACUAUGAAUGUACACAAUCAAGAGCUGAACGACCAGGCGGAGGACGGAAACCGUGGAAACAGAAGCGUACAGGUAAACAUCGUGCAGGAAGCAUCCGUGCACCGCAGUGGAGAGGUGGCGGAGUAUCACAUGGACCGCGUGGACCUCUUUCAAAAUUCUACAUGCUGGCAGAUACUGACCGUGUUCUAGGAUUGUGUAUAGCCUUAUCAGUCAAAUAUGCUCAAAAUGAUCUCCAUAUAGUGGAUUCGUUACAAAUCCCAUCAGAUGAACCAGAAUAUCUGGAGGAACUUCUUGACACACGGUUUUGGGGAUUUUCUGCACUAUUUGUGGAUGACAGAGAUAUCAUGCCUCAAAAUAUUGCACUUGCUGCUAGUGAAAUUGGGCACAUUAAUCUGAUGCCAGUGUAUGGACUAAACGUAUACAGUAUGCUAAAGCAUGAAACACUUAUACUAACUCUUAGUGCAGUGGAAAAAAUUGAGAAAAAACUGCUUGAGAAACUACACAGUCCAGUUACUAAUGUUGCAUUUAAGCGAUAACAUUUUGACAAACAUAAAUUCGAAUUUACUCCCAUCUUUAUAUUGUAAGAAAAUAAAACAAUACAGGUUGUCUUUGAGUUGUCUGCUGUCAAAUGUUUUGACAGCUCUUCUUGGGAAAAGCAAGAUGUGCUCUGUGUUAUAUUUAAAUUAAGUUGCAUUUCUUUUCAUUAUUGUCUCUUAGACUUUUGAUAAUUCAUUGCAUCACAGUUGUAUAUACCUAGUGACUUGCAGUUAUUCAAGAUUUUAGACUUAAUUAUUAAGUUAAUAAUUGAUUCGUGCAUUUAAUGAUUGAUAUUUAACACUAAGUUACAAGAAUGAAACAAGAUGCAGUCAGGUGCUAUCUGAAGUGCAUUGCAUUAAAUCACAUUACUUUGCAUACAUAUGUAAUUUUAUAAAAUGAUAAUGGUCUAAAAAUUUGUGUAGAAAUUUAAACUUGAUGUCCAUUAUACUGUACUGGUACUGAUGAUAAACCCGAGCAGAAAAAAUGAGGUUUUUUACCUGUACCUUUUUUAUUUCUGCAAAUUGUAAUCAACGGUCGGUAUCAGAAUAAAGCUUAACCUUUGCUGAAAACUUUACAUAAUUCAAAUUUAUAUUUAGUAAACAAAGUCACACGAAGUGAGGCCCGGAAAGGGGUAUGUAAAAAGGGGAUUGUAUGAAUGUUGACUGAUGAUAAAUUCGAACACUUUGUCAUUUACAAAAUUUUCUUGGUAUUAUUAUAUUGAAACUUUCCCCAAAAAGCUGCAACAGUCAUUCCUGAUCAAGUUAUGAAAAGUUACCAAAUGUCAGGCCUUCAUGUUUCGACAGUGAGCAUGCGCAAAAAACACCCUCUUCCCCAGUAAUUUUGGAUAAAUAUUUUUUAUACAAUUUAUGUAAGUCAUUUAUUUAUACAGAAUAUUUACUAAUUUUGUUUUUGUUUACACCAGUUGGUGUUGUAAGUGGAAACUAUUAGAUGGUGUGUUCAAUUUUAUAAAUAACCGAUUGCAAUCGAAUAUUUCCAAGGUGGUCGACUUUAUCAUCUGUCCGGGUUUAUCAUCAAUACCAGUAUGCUUAUUCUAUAUUAAACUGUUCAGAUUGUUUGAAUUAGGUAUUAAAAAUGAAGAUGAAUA